AUGUCUGAUUUCGUUGGCAAGACGAUUUCCUUGAUUUCUAAAAAGAACUUGAGAUAUGUCGGUAUUUUAGAACACAUCAAUGCUGAUGAUGCUACAAUUGCAUUAAAAUCAGUGAGAAUGUUUGGUACUGAAGGGAGAUUAGGACAACCACAUUUGGAAGUGCCUCCAGGAACCGAUAUCUAUGAUUAUGUUGUUUUCAGAGGUAACGAUGUGGAGGACUUGUCCGUUUUGGAUGUCCCUAUUGACCAAGUAAAGCCCGUAUAUCCUGUGGGAACUUCAGGUUUUUAUCCUGCACCAACCUCGCAACAACCACCUUAUCCUCAGCAAUUUCCACCGCAAACAACUAGCGUAAACCAACCAGGUCCUAGUACAACACAAGCUGCCCCUGCUGCUGCUCCUGUUGCUCCUACUGCGUCUGAAACAGGUGCUGCUGCUGGUAGUGGUGUUGCAUCACCCCACGAGCAGCCGCAACCAACAAAAACAACGCAGGAACAACCAUCUACAAAGACUACCCAUGAGGUUGAACCUGGGUCAUUACCAAACAAAGAGGAAAAGGAAAAGGAAAAUGAUGAAAGCAAAGAAGUUGCACAAUCGCAACCAGUUUCGAGACCAAGAAACCCUGCAUCAAAGCUAGACUUUAAUGAAGACUUUGAUUUUGAGCUGUCGAAUGCCAAGUUCCACAAAGAAGCUCAUGAAGAUGAGGGCCCCAAGUACAACAAACAGUCCUCUUUUUUUGAUUCAAUCUCGUCAUCAACUGGAGAACGUGGAAAUAAUAGAAAUAGAUGGGCCGAGGAGAGAAGUUUGAAUUUUGACACUUUUGGUGAAUCAGGUGCUAGAGGCGGCAGAGGCAGAGGAAGAGGCAGAGGCAGAGGAAGAGGUAGAGGUAGAGGCAAUUGGAGGGGUAGAAGUGAGCCCAAGCCUGAAUGGGCAUAA